AUGACUGAUACCUCGGCCGAACAUGACAGUUUCCAGGCCAUGAAACAAGGUCUAGACGAGUCAGUUGUAACAUUCCACUCUAGACUGGUUGAGAAGGUGCGUCUUUGCGGCUACAGCAUUGAGGACCAACAAAAGUUUGUCCGAACACAGCUUCUGAAGGGCAUCUCGAAUCGCGAAGUUGCGAAGUUCGCAAGAAUCAGUGGCUCGGACAUUAAUUUUAUCGUGCAGUCCGCAACUCGGGAAGAAGUAGCUAAUCUGAAUGCCAGUUCCUCGAACAAUGCUUUUGCUAUCGAUCGAGGUGGCAGUGCAGCUAACCGUCAACCUUUCAAACGGAACACUAAUUUCCAAGGGAGCUUCAAAAAUCCACCCAGCAAGCGACCCCGGUAUGGCGAAACUUCAAAACGUUGUCCUGAUUGCAACCACAUUUCCCAUCGUUUGGCCGGAUGUCCAGCUAUUGGUGCGACAUGCCUGCGCUGUGGCGAGAAGAAUCAUUUUGCGAGGUGUUGCCCAAAUCAAGCGUCAAGAGCAAACAAAUCGAACACGAAACUUUAUGAAGUAUCUGAAAAAAAGAAUAACGAACAGAAUGUCUACGCAUUAUCGCUGGACGAUGUGCUAAUCGAAUGUAGCUUGGGAUGUUCCGAACCUAUAGAAUUUCUUAUCGAUUCAGGUGCAGAUGUCAAUGUCAUAGCUGGGAAAGACUGGGCCCGAUUAAAAAGUCAGUCGGAUGAGAGUCUAGUGGAUCUUCGAAUGAUAGAUCACUCUCAAUUUAGAGAGCUUAGAGCGUAUGCUACUGAAACACCUUUGGUCAUGGAGUGUGCUUUUAGGGCUACAAUUAGCGUCGUCGGGUAUAGCAAACCAAGUAUUAAAGCCGACUUUCUGGUGGUACGGGAAGGUCGGCGUUCUAUACUUGGUCGAUCAACUGCGAGUGACCUCAGACUCUUAGAAGUUGGGGCGAUGGUUAAUGUCUGCGAAAGCAAUCCCAAAAUUGUUGAAUUUCCGAAAGUGCCAGGAGUCAAAAUUAAAUUCAGCGUCGACAAAAACGUUCCCCCAGUAAGAAACGCGUACUACAACGUGCCUGCAGCACUUCGCGAAGGUGCUAGACAAAGGUUGGCAGAUAUGGAAUCAAAAGGAAUUAUAGAACGCGUGUUUAAGGCACCGGAGUGGAUCAGCGGUAUGUCUGCGGUUCCAAAGGGGAAAAAUGAUUUUAGACUAGUCGUAAAUAUGCGCGCCCCUAACAAGGCGAUAAAACGAGAAUAUUUUCGUCUUCCGUUGGUUGAAGAGAUGAAAGUACAACUGCAUGGGAGUAAGUUCUUCUCAAAAUUAGACCUUAGCAAUGCCUUCUAUCAUCUAGAACUUGCUGAUGAAUCAAGAGAACUCACAACCUUUUUAUCCGAAGGCGGUAUGUAUCGUUUCACACGUUUAAUGUUUGGCGUCAAUUGUGCCCCGGAGGUUUUCCAGAAAGAAAUGUGUCGUAUUUUGGAAGACAUACGGAACGUUAUUGUAUAUAUAGACGAUAUACUAAUAUUCGCUAAAACUUUAGAAGAGCUCCGUUCAACCGUAGAAAAAGUACUGGAAGUGUUAGGCAACAAUAACUUGACACUCAACAGCGAAAAAUGCGAGUUCGACAAGACUGAAAUUAAGUUUUUGGGUCACAUGUUGAAUGAGCAUGGGUUCCAAAUUGAUGAUGAAAAAAUAGAAAACAUUAAAAGAUUCCGGGAACCAACAACCGCAUCCGAACUACGCAGCUUUUUAGGGCUGGCAUCGUUUUUGAGCCCUCACAUAAAAAACUUUUCGGAUAUUUCUAGCCCAUUAUGGGCGGUCGCGACUACUAAAACAUGGAGUUGGGGUCCGAACCAAAUUAAGGCUUUUGGAGAUGUGAAGGAGAGUAUAAUGAAGUGCACUACUACUUUGGGAUAUUUCUCGAAUAAUGAUCGAACAAUUUUGUACACAGAUGCGUCACCUAGUGCACUGGGCGCUGUCUUAGUUCAAGAGGAUGAAAACAGCAUAGCGAGAAUUAUUAGUUUUGCGUCGAAAGCACUAACAGAGACAGAAAAAAAGUACGCCCAAAAUCAGCGUGAAGCCCUUGGCGCAGUUUGGGGGGUCGAAAGAUUCUCUUUCUAUUUGUUCGGCCGUCAUUUCACCCUGCGCACAGACGCACAGGGCGUAGCUUUCAUUUUAAACCGUUCUCGAGAGAAUUCAAAGAGAGCGCUAACCCGCGCAAAUGGCUGGGCAUUACGCCUCUGCCCAUACAGUUACGAUGUUGAGUAUAUUCGUGGGCGUGAUAACAUAGCGGACCCAUCGUCGCGUCUCUAUUGUGGUAAUGAUGAACCAUUCGAGGAAGAGGUAAGCCCCUGGGAAAUUGCAACAUUGAAUGUCAAUACUUUUGGAUUCCUAACUGAAGAAGAUAUCCGUAAUGCCACCUCUAGCGACGAGGUUCUGCAGAAGGUUCUGGUAGCGGUUCAAUCCGAAAUAUGGACUCAUGAUUUGCAAAAAUUCAAAGCUGUCGCAGAUGAUUUGUCCAUUCUGAAUGGAAUUAUCGUAAAACGCGGUUGUGCUGUGAUACCAAAAUCGUUGCGUAGUUACACAUUAAAUGUUGCACACAAAGGUCGCCCUAUGCCCUCUAAAAUGAGAAGCAUACUACGAGAAAGAGUUUGGUGGCCUGGAAUAGCUGCGGACGUUGAUAAAUGGGUGCAAGCUUGUCAGUUGUGUGCCACAUGUGGAAGACCUGAGAAACCGACCCCUAUGGAGCGAACCUUCGCACCGAAAAACGUUUGGCAAACAAUCGCUUUGGAUUUCAACGGCCCUUAUACUAAAUACGGUGGAAUUUCCAUACUUGUUCUUGUUGACUAUCGCUCGAGGUUUUUAAUCGCUAGACCAGUUAAGUCAACCAGUUUCGAACAUGUAAUAAAGGUUCUUGAAGAGGUUUUCGACAGGGAAGGGUUUCCUGAAAACAUAAACACCGACAACGGGCCUCCAUUUAACGGUCAAGAAUACAAAGAAUACUGUACUGAACGUGGUAUAAAUAUGAUCUUCUCUACGCCUUAUUAUCUACAGCAAAAUGGCCUAGUAGAGGGAUAUAUGAAAAUUAUAAAUAAAGCUAUGGCUGCAGCCUUAAGUCUGAUAGAUUCCGAGGUGGACAGGUUCGCAGCGGAAUCGGCGAUGGCCGUACGGAAACGACAAGGGGUACACAGUAGCACAUAUUCUAACACUCCUCCUCUACUUGUGCCCCUUGGCUACUCUCAAGACCAAUCAGCUCCGUAA